UGCUGCUGUCGGCUGCAGGAGCCACGCCCACCUAGCAUCAGCUCCCAUUUAUAUUGCUUUGUUUCUCGCGGUUUGUUUUGGUCGCACUGGGCGAAUUCUGUGAAUUUUCGUCCCGUCGUCGACAAUGACGGACUAUGUGUCGGAAUUGGCGCACCACUACGAGGCCGACCCCGACCUGACGGCGCGAAUCAUCAGUCAGAUGAAGUCCAAGGGCUACUUCGACCAGCUGCGGAAGGAAAUCCUCGCCGACAUAGACACAAAGCCGGCUUACCAGAACAUGCGCCAAAGGGUGGAGAAUGCGGUGAACCGGUAUUUGAAGGGCCAGAAGUGGAGCAACGAGCUGAACAAAAACAAGCUGAGGGACAGCCUCCGCAGGCACCUGACAGAGGGUCGUCUGAUUCACGUGGGCCCGGUCCUGAACCAGGUGCUGACGCCGGACGUCUGCUCCCAGAUAGCACCCGAGGUGGACAAACAGAUUUGUCAAGAACUUGGCAUCCCCGAGGACGAGGAGAUGCCCGAGGAGGACAAUACUCCCAACAACCGCCGCAGGGACGGCGACUUCGACGGCCCUGGCGGCAGCAGCAACGGGCCCAUGAGCUUCGAGCCCUCCUACGGAGGUGGACGGCUCAACGGACGCGCCUGGGGCAACGACAAUGACUUCUUCUACCCUUACAGUGGAGGGUACAAUAGGUUUAGUCGGAGGUGUGAGAAUCACGACAGCAGCUCUUCAGAGGAAGAUGAGGUCAAGAAAACUCCUGAGAAAAUUCCUGUCAACUCAAAGAACGCAACCGACGCUUUGUUUGUGAACAUGAGCCAGUUCGACGAAAUGGAGCUGGAGUACUCGAAGAAGGAGGUGGUCGAGCUCGAGAGGAAGGAAAAUCCGGAAGAGGCCACCAAACUGGCCUUGGAGCAGCUGGCGGCGCAGAAGUUCAAAAUCGAGCAGGAACUGCAGCGCAUGGAGUUGGAAGAGCAGCACCGGCUUGCCGAGGAGCAGCGACGCAGGGAGUUUGAGCAGCAACAGCUGAGAGAACUCGAAGAACAGAGGCUAAGGGAGUUCGAAGAGCGGCAGAGGGCAGAACUGGAGGAGAAACUGAGACUCGAGUUUGAGGAGAGACAGCGGAGGGAGGAAGAACGGCUCCUGCAGGAACAGAGGCUCAAAGAGGAAGAAAUGCUGAUUAAAGAAGAAUCUGAAGAGGAAUUGGAGGAGCCGAAAACUCCGGAAAUGUCUGACGGCGAAGACUCGGACGGUCCCGAGCUGCAGGUCGCUGAGGAAGACUCGUGCCAGAUCAGUACCGUACCUGCAGAGGAAGUGAAACCGGUGGUGCAAGAGGAGGCGCCAAAGCCCGUGGAGCCGGAGGAUGCGCCAAAACCUGUGGAUGUAGUCGAAUUCUGUGAACCAGCCAGGCCUGAGGAGCCGCAAGCUGUCCCUGAGACCCCUGUGGUCGCUUCUCCUGAAUCUGAAGAAGCAGCACCACCAGUCGAGAUUGCCAAAGAACCUGUCAAGACUUCUGAGCAGCCAAAAAAACGGACAGACGAGCGUUCGAGGAGCAGGGACGAAAGACACAAGUCUGAACACAAAAAGGAACAUUCCAGCAGCAGCAGCAGCUCGAAAAGACACCAUUCCUCAUCAUCUUCCUCUAAGUCAUCCUCGCACAAAAGCAGUAGCAGACGCGAUUCUACUUCAAAGCACAGCAGCAGCAGCUCCAGAGCAAGAGAGGACAGCAAGAGCUCUAGUCACAGCAGAACCUCAUCCAGGAGAGACUCCGAAAAACACAAAAGCAGCAGUAGUAGUAGCAGCAGCAGUAGGCACAGAAGAGACGACAAGCACCGGAGUAGCAGCAGCAAGAGCUCUUCCUCGCACAAAAAAGGCGAAGACUCGAACAAUCUCUACUACUUCACGCCGGAACAAUCGAUCGAGGCUGUUCGAAGUCGGAUCCAUUUGGACGAGGUCAUGAUCAGACUGGAGGCGGACAACUCUGGUUACGACUCGCUCAUCUCGGAUUCUGAAACUGAAGAUUGCCCGGACAAGAGACAAUACGAGAUCGAAGUAGAAAACUCGGACGCGAUCAAAAUUGAGGAUCUGCUGGGAAUUGAAAUCGAGGGCGUCAACAGAGAAGAAUCUUCGCUGGAGGAGAUUAAUGCCAAUGAAAUAAUCAAACCACCGCCGCGGACGGUGAGCAAGCUGCAUUUAAAAAUAAAUAACGGGACCUGGAAUCACAGUGAACGAGCAGACGCCAGUUUCCUGUCGGACGACACGCCUGGAAAGAAAGUGCUGUCUGUGGUGCUGGAGAAAUGUGGAGAAAAAAUUAGAUCUGCUUCGCAUUGUUCCGAACUUGACGCAAGAUCGGAGGAAAGCUUUGUGCCUGUCCAGCAGCAAACUCCGCCUCCCAAAAGAAGGAGAAUAGUGCGCAAAGUCGAGCAGAGGUACAGUACUGACGAUCUUUACAAGCCCCGAACCACGUUCACCUCAUCUCGUCGUUCUAGGGAAUGACUGUUUUUGUUUCUUCUUUAUCUUAAAUGAGACUGGACGCUUUUGUUGAUUCCAAAGUUGAGCUAGAGGUUGUACGUUUCAUUAAACUCACAGAGUGAAUUUUUGAUAA